AUGUCGACCGUUGCAACGGCACAAGCGCCAGUCGGUGCGUCUGGAGGGGCAGACGGAGGCUCACGAGGAAGACGACCACGAAACCGCAACCGCAACCGCGCACCAAACGAGACAUCCGACGCGCAGAAUGAGGGGCAAUCGAGCGGAGAGCAGCAGUCACAAAGAGGUGGAAGAAGCGGACGGGGACGAGGGAGGGGGCGAGGAGGUCACUCUCUGGUACCAUCCCAAGUUUUGCAAGCAAUGCCUGGCCAAGGCUCAGAUACAGCGCCGACACCCACACCGACAAGAGGAGGCCAUCGAGGGAGGGGAGGAUCAGGGAGAGGAGGGCCAGGGAGAGGUGGCGCACAAAGGUUUCCUCAGCGCACAGCCGCAGGCGGCCGCCAGUUUGGAGGACAGCUGACAACCGAAGACGAUGCUGAAUCUGUAGCCUCUGCAAGCCUGCAAGCAGAUGCGCCCGAGUUCGAACCAGGCAGGCCACUUGUGGGCUGCAAGCCACGAGCACCGAAAGAGAAGCAGCCCCAAGCACCAAAGUCGACCGCACCAGAUAUCGCCACACGAACGCACGAGGACAUCGACAACGGUCACUACGAGUGUGCCAUCUGUACAGAGGACAUCAAGCGGCGCUCCAAGGGUGUAUGGUCAUGCCGGACCUGCUGGACCGUCUUCCACCUGGGCUGUAUAAAGAAGUGGUCGACCAACGAGGGGUCAGCAGCAGCUCGCCAGCAAGCGCAGGAUGGCGAAGCACCACCACCGAGGCAGUGGCGCUGUCCUGGGUGCAACCUACCCAAGGACGUUCUACCGAAGAACUUCUCUUGUUGGUGUGAGAAGGAACUCGAUCCGAAGCCUCUUACAGGAUUACCGCCGUUUUCUUGCGGACAAACCUGCUCUCGCCCUAGAAUUCUGCCGAAGAAAUGUCCUCAUCCUUGCGGGAUGACUUGCCACGCCGGUCCCUGCCCGCCCUGUUCCUUGAUGGGCCCUAUUCAGCACUGCUUCUGCGGGGGGAAGUCCGUCACUCGACGCUGCGUAGACACAGAUUAUGAGCACGGCUGGAGCUGCGGUGAGGUAUGUGGCGAGAUGAUGGCUUGUGGAGAGCACCGCUGUCCCCGGCCAUGCCACGAAGGUCCCUGUGGAGCUUGUGAUGUGCGUGUUCCGGCGCGCUGCUACUGCGGUCAGAUCCAGAAGGACAUCAUGUGCUGCGAUCGCGAAGAGGCGAAGCACAGCCGUCAGCGUCAUCCUGCAGUGGAUGGUACUACCACAGUCGAAGAAUGGACUGGAUCGUUCGAAUGUCCAAACACGUGUGGUCGUCUCUUCGACUGCGGCAAGCAUGCCUGCGAACAAGCAUGCCACCGACAGAACGCCGAUUCGGCUCACUGUCCACGAUCUCCCGACGUUGUCACCCACUGUCCUUGCGGCAAGACGCGUCUUUCACAGCUAUCAAAUGCUCGUCGAGAGAACUGUGGGGACCCCGUUCCGAACUGCUCAAAGCCUUGCAACACAACACUCAACUGUGGUCACAAAUGCAAGCAGGCGUGCCAUCAAGGCGAAUGCCGGCCCUGUAUGGAGAAGGUCACGAUUGCAUGUAGAUGUGGUCGUACAACGUCUUCCACGAUCUGCCAUCAAGGAACCGAGGAGGCUCCACAGUGCAUGCGCAUCUGUCGUAUCGCGCUCAACUGUGGACGACACGAGUGCGGUGAGCACUGUUGCGCUGGAGAGCGCAAAGCCGCCGAGCGGCAAGCAAACCGAAGGAAGCCACGCCCUCUGGACUCAGCCCCUCAACGGCCUGGAGAAAACUUCGAGGCAGAACACAUCUGCACCCGUUCAUGUGGUCGUCAGCUAAAAUGCGGCAACCCUGAGCAUCGCUGCCAGGAGCUCUGUCACAAGGGUCCUUGCGGGUCUUGUCGAGACGCCAUCUUCGACGAGAUCAGCUGCAACUGUGGGCGCACUGUUCUGCAACCUCCGCUUCCUUGCGGUACUAGGCCACCUCCAUGUCGAUUCCCUUGCGAGCGACCAAAAAGCUGUGGCCAUCCUCAAGUCGGCCACACUUGUCACGGAGACGAAGAGGACUGCCCCAAGUGCCCCUACCUGACGACCAAGUCUUGCAUGUGUGGCAAAAAUGUCAUCAAGAACCAGCCUUGCUGGCUCAGCGAAGUUCGUUGCGGUGAGAUCUGCGGACGUACGUUGAAGUGUGGUAUCCACAAAUGCCAGAAGCAAUGUCACCGUGCUGGCGAGUGCGAAGAGCCUUGCAAGCAGACUUGUGGUAAAGAACUCAGUGCAUGUGGACAUCCUGAUAUGGCUCCUUGUCACUUCCCUCAACCUUGUAAGGAAGACAAGCCCUGCCAACACAAGAUUAUCAUCACUUGCGAAUGUCAGAGAAUCAAGCAGGAAGCGAAGUGCAACGCCUCGAAGUCUAGCGAAGGCAACAACAAGAAGACGCUGAAGUGCGAUGAAGAGUGUUCGCGCCUUGAACGCAACCGCAAGCUUGCAUUAGCACUCAACGUCGAUCCAGAGCAUGCGACAGAUCAUGUGCCCUACUCCGACAUUACGCUAAACCUUUAUGUGGAGCACUCGACCUGGGCGGCUGCACACGAGAAACGACUGAGACUGUUCGCAGCUGACGAAGAAGAGAAGCGGCUCAGAUUCAAGCCGAUGCCCAAGCAUCAGCGCAAGUUCAUCCAUUACCUCGCAGAGGACUUUGGCUUUGACACCGAAAGCAUGGAUCCAGAACCUCAUCGCCAUGUUGCGGUCUUCAAGACGCCAAAAUUUGUGAUGGCCCCAAUGAAAACACUCGCCGAGUGUGCAAGGACUCGCCAGGUUCAGCGCCCCAUUCCUGCACCGACGGCAGCAGCUCCACUCCGACCGAAACCAAGCAACACUACUGGUGAUCCUUACAACGCCUUCCUAAUUCUAAACCCACGCUUCGCUCUCACGAUCGAAGAAGUCAGCAUGGUCCUCAAGAACGUCCUUCCACAAACCAAUUUCCCACUCGAGUUUGAGAUUAGUUUUCUUCCCAGUGAAGCGGUUGCCCUCAAGCCGCCGCUAGCUGCUCGACUUAAUAUCCAGGAGCGAGAGAUCCAGACAAUGCUCGAGUCUGUGAAGACGCCAUUGUCACAGGCUCUCACCGCACAAAAUGUUGGCUCUCUACAGCUAGCACGCCUCGACGCAUCUCUCAAUGUGCUACGCAAGGAGUCGGACAUCGGCCCAGGUUCUGGAUGGAGCCAAGUUGCCGCCUCCCGUGGCGUUCCUGUACGCCAGCUGCAGAGGAGUACACCGUUUGGGAACAAGGGUGGAUUUGCCGUUCUCAGCUUGAGCAGCAAAAAGAAGAAGGAGAAGCCGGCCCCUGUUGCGGAAGACUGGGAAGCCGCUGAGGAAGAAGAAGAAGAGAAGGAAGAAAAAGAAGUCAAAGAGAGGGUCAGUGGCGUGAACAGCGGUGCAACCAGCGGAGCGGUUAGUGAAGACGACGGUCCUUCACGUCCCCGAAGCAGAGGCCUUGCCGAGGGCUCUUCAGACGAUACGCCCAUUUCUUCUAAAGCUGGUGAACUGCUGGGGCGAUGGUCUGAUCUAGACGACGAGUAG